UGCUGUACUUGGAUUUAGCUCCAUACGAGUAGUAAAAUCAAACAGCAAUACAUAUAUCCGAGCCAAGCGCUUCGCAUAAGGUGCGCCAACAAAGGAAUAGUGCUUGUGUGAUCAAUACCACCAUGACUAAGGCUAAAAAGAACCAGAAAAAACCAACCAAAAACGUGCGAAAUGUGCUAGCUCAACCAUUUAAUAGCAUUUGGCCCCUUAUACCUGACAAUGAAGUCAAACGGUGUUCGCGAUUACUUCAGCAAAUCGAACGGAAAAACAUUAUCAGCGGCUGUAAUGGCGUCAUUAAAUUGCUUCAAGCUGGUCAAGUAUCAGCAUUCUUUGUGCUGGAUACGUUCAAUCCACAAAUAUUUGCCAAACUCAUCAUACAGAUGGCUAAGAAGCGAAAUCCAUCCGUGCUCGUACUAGCCCUACCAUCGUUUCCGGCAAGCUGUUGUCCCAAUAGUGUGCUAAUGGCCAUACCAAAACCGAAAGAAAAUGAGCACCCCGAAACCGUUCAGGAACUGCUGAAAUGGAUGAAGUAUGUAUCGGUCCGGAAUGGAUUUGUAGCGAAGGAGGACACUAAAGUGAAAGUCAAAAGUGAAGCGGAAACACUCUCGCCGAAAGUUAAGAAACCCGUCGAUGUACCAAUGACCGACGAGGAGGUGGCAAAGCUGUACGUUUUCGAACCGAAGCGCGACGCCGCGGAUCAAAAUCAACCUGAAAAGCGUGUUGCGCAAGUAACGGAAAACUUUAUUUCCUUAUCCGGUAAAGCUAGUAGUAGUAACAGUAGCGUGUUUGUGCCUAAAAGCGAAUAUCAACAGCAACACGAGCCUCGCACGAAGCCGAUCAGUGAUAAUCGUAAAUCGUUCAAGGGAUCGUACAUACCCCUAACCGUGAAAUGGGUACAAGGCAACCCCAAUCGCGUCGAACAUAAGAAGAAAAGGAAAACUCAAUAAUAAAAACAAAA